GUCGUGGGAGAGAUGCGUUGGUUACCUCUCUCGGUUGUAAUAUUAUGGGCCUGUUGCCUUUACAGUGCCUCUGCGGAUAACAGUGGCGUCAAGAAAAUGAAGGUGCAGUUUGCCACGGGUCCUCUUCUCAAAUUCCAGAUUUGUGUUUCUGUAAAAAAAAAAAAAAACAGUACUACAACAAUAAUGCUACUAAUUCUACUAGUUUAUGUAUGUGCAUGUAAAUUGUUUAUUCAUAUAGUGUCUUUUUUUUUCUUCCCCCCCCCCAGGCACAUUGCUUCCUUUCUGUCUAUCUUUAAGUUGUUGUUAAUCGGCGUGAUCAUUGUGGGCAAGGAUCCAUUUGCUCUAUUUGGCAUGCAGGCCCCAGGACUCUGGGUUUGGAGUCAGGAGAAUAAGAUAUAUGCCUGUAUGAUGGUGUUCUUCUUCAGCAAUAUGAUCGAGAAUCAGUGUAUGUCUACGGGUGCUUUUGAAAUCACACUCAAUGAUGUUCCAGUUUGGUCCAAGCUGGAGUCAGGCCAUCUGCCUUCCAUGCAGCAACUAGUGCAAAUUCUGGAGAAUGAGAUGAAGAUGAACGUGCACAUGGACACACUACCGCACCAUCGCUCGUAACCUUGCCUCUGAUUCACUGAAUGGAGCUGACGACCCCUCCUCUUCUGUGGUGAAGCUUUCUUACGGUUGUGAGGUGAUGUUUAUGAAGGUUUGUGCUGAAAGUAGAGACUACUAGUGCACACCCGAUGUUCUGCGUUCUCCUCACUGUGCCCCUCGGAGAUGCAUCACCUACAGACGCUGGUGUGGGAUCUACGGCAACAACAGUGGCCAUAUAAAUAUGAUUGCAGCCCAUCUCUUGUGCAAUAACAAUUUGGUUAAGGUCAGGAAAAAUGUUCACAAAGACUGUAGUUUCCAUUUUAGUUCAGUUAGCUCAGUCAACAGAAUUUAUGAUGGCAUAUUUUUCUUUCACAUGCUACUGUAUGGCUAAAACCUGGUCUUUAUGUUCUAUUUAAUAAGUAGAUAUGAGAUGCUCCUAACUUAUACACCCAACCCCCAUCAUGAUAAUUUUACAUCUAAGUAACGUUGAUUAUAUUUCUGAGCCCUGGUUUUUAUAUCGCUUUGUAUAGCGUAAAAUGUUUACUAAAAGGAAAAUAAAAUGAAAUCAAACAAAA